CGCGGCGCCCGGAGUGCCCGGCGUGCCCGGCGCGUCGGGUGGGUGCAGGGCGCAUGCGCGGCGCCGCUGUCCGGGGCCAUGGACUGGGCGCGGAGCCUGCGGGGCCGCUUGGCCGCCCGCCGCCUCGGUGAGUGGGCGGGGGGGGGGGGGGGGCGCUGGCUCGUGUUCCUCCUUCUCCUCAUCCUCCUCCUCCUUCUGGAAGCCCUCAGCCGGGGCCUGCCUCCCCACUGAGUCUGUUAUUGAUGUAAUAGCCAAAAGGAGCGAGCAGGAGCUGAAAGAUGAAGAGAUGGAGCUGUUCACAAAGUACUACGUGGAAUGGAAGGGCGGGAGGAAAGGUGGCAACCCGUCAUACACCAACAUCCCGCGCUUCUAUUACAGGCUGCCAGCUGAAGAUGAAGUCUUGCUUCAGAAAUUAAGAGAAGAAUCUAGAGCUGUCUUUCUGCAAAGAAAAAGCAGAGAGCUGUUGGAUAAUGAAGAGCUGCAGAAUCUCUGGUUUCUACUGGACAAACAUCAGACAUCACCAAUGAUAGGGGAAGAAGCAAUGAUCAAUUAUGAGAACUUCUUGAAAGUUGGUGAAAAAGCUGGACCUAAAUGCAAGCAGUUCUUCACAGCCAAGAUCUUUGCUAAAUUACUCCAUAACGAUCCUUAUGGGAGGAUAUCCAUCAUGCAGUUUUUCAAUUAUGUCAUGCGAAAAGUGUGGCUUCAUCAGACAAGAAUUGGUCUCAGUUUAUAUGACGUGGCAGGACAGGGUUACCUCAGAGAAUCGGAUUUAGAAAACUAUAUUUUGGAACUCAUCCCUACUUUGCCACAGCUGGAUGGCUUAGAAAAAUCUUUUUACUCCUUUUAUGUCUGCACAGCAGUUAGAAAGUUCUUCUUCUUUCUGGAUCCUCUCAGAACAGGGAAGAUAAAGAUACAGGAUAUCUUAGCUUGCAGCUUCCUGGAUGACUUACUGGAGUUAAGGGAUGAAGAACUCUCUAAAGAAAGUCAGGAAACAAAUUGGUUUUCUGCUCCUUCUGCGUUAAGAGUUUAUGGGCAGUACUUAAACCUUGAUAAAGAUCACAAUGGCAUGCUCAGCAAAGAAGAACUGUCCCGAUAUGGAACAGGGACUCUGACCAACAUAUUUUUGGAUCGUGUUUUUCAGGAAUGCUUAACUUAUGAUGGAGAAAUGGACUAUAAAACCUACCUGGACUUUGUACUCGCAUUAGAAAACAGAAAGGAGCCUGCAGCUCUGCAAUAUAUUUUCAAACUGCUUGAUAUAGAGAACAAAGGAUACCUGAAUGUCUUUUCCCUUAAUUAUUUCUUUAGGGCUAUUCAGGAACAAAUGAAAAUCCAUGGACAAGAACCGGUUUCUUUUCAGGAUGUGAAGGAUGAAAUCUUUGAUAUGGUAAAGCCUAAGGAUCCUUACAAAAUCUCCCUUCAGGAUUUAAUCAAUAGCAGUCAAGGAGACACUGUUACCAGCAUUCUAAUUGAUCUGAAUGGGUUCUGGACAUACGAGAAUAGAGAGGUUCUUGUGGCAAGUGAUAAUGACAGCACUGCUGACGUUGAUGAUACGUGACUUUGAACAGGAGUAGACUGUAUCCAUUGAGAUAUCUCUAACUGAAGCAUUCAUUAACUGUUGGAAGCUGGAAACAUUCAUUACUUGAAUCGAUGUCUCUUCCAUUUUACUCCUUCCCACCUUAUUCCCCCUCAAGCAUAUGAUAUAAAAUGUGGUACAGAGGAAUUGCAGAACUAAUUCCUGAAAACAAACCAGCAAGUCUUGUUUAAGAGGUAGCUAUGGUCUGGUGUGUGUGCGGUGUGGUUUUUUAAAUAAAUAUUUGUGGACUUUUUCC